AUCAGUCUGCCCCAUAUCCUGCCACCUUCAGGAGUUCAGAUAUGCCUGGAAAUGAGAAGAUUGGAAGUGGGACUGGAGUGGAUCCUGACCCUGCUCCCUACCUCUACGUUACCUUCGACAUGAAGAGGAAUGACAUGAGCAAACCCUACGAUCCUAAGAAGUCCUACUGGGUUCCUGAUGGUGAGGGAGGGUUCCUGGAGGGUCUCUUGGAGAGCGAGAACGGAGGGAAGGUUGUCGUUAUGAUCCAACAUGAGAAGAGAACCUUGAAGAAGGAGCAGAUUCAGCAGGUGAAUCCUCCAAAGUUUGAGAAGUGUGAGGAUAUGUCUAACCUGACCUACCUGAACGAGGCAAGUGUCUUGCAUAACCUGAAAGCAAGAUAUCAGGCUCAACUUAUAUAUACCUACUCUGGGUUGUUCUGUGUCGCCAUCAACCCCUACAAGAGGUUGCCCAUCUACACCAACACCACCGUCAAGCUCUACUUGGGCAAGAGGAGGACUGAGGUUCCUCCUCAUCUGUUUGCAAUCUCUGAUCUGGCCUAUAGAAACAUGCUGGACAAGGGAGUCUGCCAAUCCAUCCUGGUCACCGGGGAGUCUGGAGCUGGUAAAACUGAGAAUACCAAGAAGGUUAUCUCCUACUUUGCCAUGGUGGGAGCUAGAGAUGGUCCGAAGACCAGUAACAAGGUUUCCUUAGAGGACCAGAUCGUACAGACCAAUCCUAUUCUUGAAUCCUUCGGAAACGCUAAGACUGCCAGAAAUGACAACUCCUCAAGAUUUGGUAAGUUUAUCCGGAUUCAUUUCAACUCUAGCGGUAAACUGGCAGGGUGUGAUAUAGAAACCUAUCUUCUGGAGAAAGCUAGGAUCACAUUUCAGCAGGAGGUAGAGAGGUCCUACCAUAUCUUCUACCAAAUGAUGGAGCCCGCUGUUCCAGACUUGAAGAAGAAAUGCUUUCUCUCCAAUGAUAUCUAUGACUAUCACUUUGUCAGCAUGGGGAAAACCAAGGUCCCCUCUAUCGAUGAUAACGAGGAUCUGGAGUUUACCCACGAAGCAUUCCGAAUUCUAUGUUUUGGCGAGGAGAAUACUUACAACGUGUACAGGGCAACAGCUGCUGUUAUGCAUAUGGGAGAACUGAAGUUCAAGCAGAAAGGUCGUGAAGAACAGUGCGAACCGGAUAAUCCGGCUCAGGCUAAAAAGGUAGCUGCGUUGCUUGGAAUAGAGCCUGAGAGUAUGAUGAAAGCUUUCUGCAAACCUAAGAUCAAGGUUGGAACUGAAUGGGUGACGAAGGGUCAGAAUAUCGACCAGUCCUACCACUCCGUCGCUGGUAUCGCCAGGGGCCUCUACGAGAGGGUCUUCAAUUUCCUUGUGGAGAAGUGUAAUGAGACUCUUGUGGAUGAUACAAUGAAGAAAGUAGUUUUUAUCGGAGUUCUGGAUAUUGCUGGCUUUGAAAUAUUUGAGUUCAACGGAUUUGAGCAACUUUGCAUAAACUUCUGUAAUGAGAAGCUACAGCAAUUCUUCAAUCAUCAUAUGUUCGUCCUGGAACAGGAGGAGUAUCUCAAGGAAGGGAUAGACUGGGAAAUGGUAGACUUUGGAAUGGAUCUUCAGUCUUGCAUCACCAUGUUCGAGAAACCUCUAGGUAUCCUUUCUAUUCUUGAAGAAGAAUCUCUGUUUCCUAAAGCAACUGAUAAGACCUUCGAGGAUAAGCUGAAAGCAAACCAUCUUGGGAAAUCACCAAACUUUGUGAAAGCAAUCACGAAGCAUGAUAAGAAUGCACAUUUUGCUAUAGUUCACUAUGCUGGUACGGUGUCCUAUAAUGUGACUAGCUGGCUGGAAAAGAACAAGGAUCCUCUCAACGACACUGUGAUCGAGCUCCUGAAGUCCGGAGAGAAUAAACUUAUCAAUCAUGUGUUCCGAGAUCAUCCAGGACAGGGUAGGGAGGAGGACGGAGAUCAGAAGGGGAAAAAGAAGAAGGGUGGUGGUGCCAAAACUGUAUCAACCUUCUACACCAAGCAGUUGAACUCUCUGAUGACUACGCUUCAUGCCACGGAGCCUCAUUUUAUUCGUUGCAUUAUUCCUAACACUCACAAGCAGCCGGGGCAGAUAGAACCUGCACUUGUUCUUCACCAGCUUACUUGCAAUGGUGUCCUUGAAGGGAUCAGGAUUUGUAUGAGAGGAUUUCCCAACAGAAUGCCAUAUCCCGAGUUUAUCUUCAGGUAUGGUAUUCUCCAGAACGGGAAGCCAAACUCAUCAGAUGAAAAGGUUCAAGCUGCUGCCAUUUGCACAGAGAUGUUGAACAAGGAGAAGUAUCGAAUUGGAAUGUGUAAGAUUUUCUUCCGUGCAGGAGUUUUGGGUUAUCUGGAGGAGGUUAGAGAUGAGAAGGUGACAAGAAUGAUUCGAUAUAUGCAAGGUUACUGUUAUGGCAUUCUCCGCAGAAGGGAUUUUCUGAAGAGGAAGCAACAAAGAGAUCUGCUGGUGGUUAUUCAAAAGCUUUUCAGGAGAUACCUUACUCUGCGUCAUUGGGGUUGGUUUUCCAUUAUUCAAAAAACAAAGCCUUUAAUUGGUAUGCUGAACAUUGAAGAAGAGAUCAACAUACUCGAGGAGGCUGCAACAAAAGCUGUAGAUGAAGUCCAGUUUGAAGCAACAGAGAAAAAGAGAUUAGAGAGUGCCAACACCAGGUUAAUGGAGGAAAAAAUGGCUCUUCUGAAAAGGAUUGAGAUAGAGCAAGGGGACAUUAUAUCCCUACAGGAACGCCAAGCCAAGGCUGCUGCCCAGAAGGCAGACCUAGAAAAUCAACUAGAUGAAAUGUCUGAAAAAAUUAAGGCAGAAGAGAACAGGAAAGAAGAGUUGAUUAAAGAAAAGAGAGCCAUCGAAGCAGAUGUUAGCAAUGUCCGUGGAGAUCUUUCUGAUCUUGAAGUUCAUGUUCAAAAAGCUGAACAGGAACGGGCAAAUAAAGAUCAUCAACUUAGAAGCCUUAAUGAUGAUAUUGCAAGCAAGGACGAGCUCAUCAGCAAACUCAACAAGGAGAAGAAACAUUUCCUGGAGAUCAACGGCAAAGCAGUUGAAGAGCUGCAGAAUGCUGAUGAAAAGGUGUCUCACCUCACCAUGGUGAAGAACAAGCUUGAGCAAACAUUAGAUGAUCUUGAAGAUAACUUAGAAAGGGAGAGACGCAAGAGGAAUGAGGAGGAAAAGCAAAGAAGGAAGAUAGAAGGAGAUGUCAAGUUAACUCAAGAAGCAAUCAUUGAGUUGGAAAAGGGCAAGAAAGAGUUAGACCAGUGUUUGGCCAGGAAGGAGAGAGAUAUUGCAGAGUUGACCGGCAAGCUUAGUGAAGAACAAUCUGGAGUUAGUAAGCUUACUAAAGUUAUCAAGGAAACUCAGGCAAGAGUCGAAGAAAUGGAAGAAGAGCUGGAAGCAGAACGUCAAGCAAGAGGGAAAGCUGAAAGGCAAAGAUCUGAACUUGCCAGAGAAAUGGAAGAGUUAACUGAAAGGAUAGAAGAGGCUGGUGGUGCUACUCAAGCUCAGAUGGAACUUAAUAAAAAAAGGGAAGCAGAGGUUGUCCGAAUGAGAAAAGACUUGGAAGAAAUCAAUAUUCAGCAUGAAGCAACUAUUUUCAGCUUGAAGAAAAAACAUCAGGACGCAAUCGGUGAAAUGUCGGAGCAAAUCGAACAGCUGAACAAACUCAGAGCAAAAGUUGAGAAGGAUAACUCGAAUAUUAAACAUGAGAUAGACGACCUUAAAGUUAUCUCUGAUGAAGUGAUCAGAGCUAAGGCAGCUGGAGAAAAAGCAGGGAAAACUCUCUCAACCCAGCUCUCAGACCUGAACAAGAAAAUUUCGGAAGUUAAUCUACAGGUCAAUGAUAUGGAGUUAGGCAAUAGAAAAUCCGCCAGUGAGAACUCUGAACUAAUGCGCCAGCUAGAUGACGUGGACAGCAACCUUUCAAUGCUCCAUAAGAUCAGGCAUCAGCUGAACAAUGAACUGGAGCAGGUCAAGAAGAUGUAUGAUGAGGAGUCCAAGGAAAGGCAGUCGACCUUAGGUAGGUUCCGUAACCUAAAGCAUGAGUUUGAUGGUCUGGCAGCAGUCUAUGAAGAAGAGGUUACGGCAAAGGAAAACUUCCAUCGUCAAUGCCAAAAAGCAGAAGAAGAAACAAAUCUCUGGCGAUUAAAGUAUGAAAAGGAUGGAAUUGCAAAGAUAGAAGAGCUGGAGAAUACAAAGAUGAAACUACAAGCAAGACUGGCGGAAUGUGAAGGAACAGUGGAAAAUCUUAAUACAAAGCUUGUUCAACUUGAGAAGAGUAAAAACCAGCUUCAGGAGAAUAUUGAGGAUAUUACUGCCAAGGUUGAUCAGGCAAACAUCAUUAAUAUUCAGAUGGACAAGAAGUUGAAACAGUUUGACAAAGUGGUUCAUGAUUGGAAGAUCAAGGCGGAUAAUAUGAGCCAAGAGCUUGAAUAUUCCCAACGGGAUUGCAGGAAUGUGUCCACUGAGCUGUUCCGAGUAAAGAAUGGAUAUGAAGAAUGCAUGGGCCAACUUGAUGAGGUCAAGAGGGAGAAUAAAAUGCUUAGUGAUGACAUCAGGGAUAUUAUGGAGCAGAUAAGUGAGGGUGGAAGGUCAAUUCAUGAAAUUGAAAAGCAGAGGAAGCGACUUGAGACUGAAAAACAAGAGCUUCAGGCAGCUCUUGAAGAAGCUGAAGCUACUCUUGAGCAAGAAGAGAACAAGAAUGCACGUCUUCAGCUGGAGAUUGACCAGGUCAAGAAUGACAUUGAGAAGAGGCUCCAGGAGAAGGAAGAAGAAUUUGAGAUAACAAAGAAAAACCAUCACAGGAUGACAGAGCAAAUUCAAGAAACUUUGGAGGAUGAAAGCAAAGCUAAAGCUGAGCUAAUGCGAUGCCGCAAGAAGCUUGAGGCUGAUGUAAGUGAACUUGAAGGUGCUCUAGAGCAAGCAAAUCAUGUUCAUGAAGAAAACCAGCGAAAUAUUCGGAGAUAUCAAGAUCUUAUCCAGAAAGCAAAUAUCAAUCUUGAAGAGGAACAACAAGCCAAAGAUUUGGCGCGUGAAAAUCAUGUCAACAUGGACCGAAGAGCUCAUUCCCUACAGAAUGCCCUGGAAGAGGCAAGAACCAUUCUCGAUCAAACUGACCGGGCACGAAGAUCAGCAGAACAGGAGGUGGGAGAAUGCCAUGAGCAGCUGAGUGAUCUGAGCAUGCAGAACCAGUCCCUAGCUGGUGCGCGAAGGAAACUGGAACAGGAGGCAGAAAACCUUCGUCAGGAUUGUGAUGAUAUGAAAGGUGAGGCAAGAUCCUGUGAAGAAAGAGCUAGAAAUGCAAUGAUUGACGCGGCAAAGCUUGCUGAAGAGUUGAGAGUCGAACAAGAGCAUACAGCUCAUGCUGAACAAGCAAGAAAGAUGGCUGAUGCGCUUAUUAAAGAACUUCAAAUGAAGAUUGAUGAUGUUGAAGUGAGCUCCAUGAAACAAGGUAAGAAGGUUUGCAGUAAACUAGAAUCCCGGAUAAAGGAACUGGAAUCAGAACUAGACGCAGAACAAAGACGACUUGGAGAUAAUUCAAAGAACUUGAAGAAGGGGGAGAGAAGAAUCAAAGAAAUCGAAUUUCAGAGUGAAGAGGAGAGGAAACAGGCUGGUCAGAUGCAGGAAUUAGUUGACCGGCUUCAAAACAAGCUUAGGGCAUUCAAGCGCCAGAUAGAGGAGGCUGAGGAAAUUGCCGCGCUAAACCUCGCUAAAUACAGGAAAACACAGGGAGAUGCUGAGGAAGCUGAAGAAAGAGCUACCCUGACUGAACAAGCUGCUGCUAAACUCAAAUCUGCUGCUAGAGCCGGAUACUAAAUCUGCUGAUCCUACAAUGGUUCCCUAAAUUAAUGGAGUAUGCAGACGACUUGGAAUUUAGAACCUUCAGCGUAUUUAAUGCAAUUAAGGCGUAAAUGUUUAUGUAAAAUAGUUGCAAACAAAAUUUGCUGGAGCAGUGAACAUUUCUCUUUAACUAUUUUAAACAAUACUUAUUAUAAAAAAGUCGUCUCUGUAUUUUAUAUUAUUUUGGAAACCACUGUAAACUAACCCCCCCCCCCCCAUAUCUGUAAACACAUAUUUGUAAUGAUUAUUUAUUGUUUCAAACAUUCAUUGUUUACACAAUGUCGUCUUCUGUCUCUCGUUAGCCCAGUCGUCUUUUAUGUAAGUGUGUACGCUAUUGCUGAGUUUUAAUUAAAUUGCCUAAUUGUUUAAUAA